UGUCAUAGUGAUAUACCACAUAUGGAGCCAAGAAACAAUACACACCUUUUAGAAUUUGUUCUAUUGGGAUUUUCACAGGACCCAGACCUGCAGCCUGUUACAUGUGGCCUCUUUCUCUCCAUGUACUUGAUCACCGUUGUUGGAAAUUUGCUCAUUAUCCUGACCAUCAUCGCAGAUGCCAGCUUGCACACACCCAUGUACUUCUUUCUCUCUAACCUGUCAUUUGUAGAUAUCUGUUUUACCUCCACCACUGUCCCAAAGAUGCUUGUGAACAUUCAGACAAAGAGAGAAACCAUUAGCUAUGCGGAUUGCAUUACCCAGAUGUACUUUUUUCUGAUUUUUGUGGAACUGGAUAACUUUCUCCUGGCUGUGAUGGCCUAUGACCGUUAUGUGGCCAUCUGUCACCCCCUGCAUUACACGAUCAUCAUGAAUCACAGACUUUGUAGAUUUCUGGUUCUUGUAUGCUGGAUUGUGAGUGUUCUGCAUGCCUUGUUACAAAGCAUGAUGGUGUCACAGCUGUCUUUCUGCACAGACUUGGAAAUCCCACACUUCUUCUGUGAAUUGAAUCAAGUGGCCCAGCUUGCCUGUUCUGACACCUUCAUUAAUGAUGUGGUCAUGUAUUUUGCACUUGUGGUAUUGGCUAUUGUUCCUCUCUCUGGCAUCCUCUACUCCUACUACAAGAUAGUGUCCUCCAUACGUGCAAUGUCCACAGCUCAGGGGAAGUACAAAGCAUUUUCCACCUGUGCAUCUCACCUGUCGGUGGUCUCCUCAUUUUACUGCACAGGUCUAGGAGUGUACCUCAGUUCUGCUGCAAGCCACAGCUCACAAGCAAGUGCAACAGCCUCUGUGAUGUAUACAGUGGUCACUCCUAUGCUGAACCCCUUCAUCUACAGCCUGAGGAAUAAAGAUGUAAAAGGAUCUCUGAAGAGACUCUUAGUGGGGAAACUAUGA